CGCAGCAAGCGGGGCCGGAGCCGCAGACGGAGCAAGCGGACGGAGCGGAUCCGGCAGGUGCACCGCCGCGGGGACAGCAGCGGCAUGACCGGCCACCACUGUUGGGGCUACGGCCAGGACGACGGUCCUUCAAACUGGCACAAGCUCUAUCCCAUUGCCCAGGGAGACCGCCAGUCACCCAUCAAUAUCGUGUCCAGCCAGGCAGUAUAUUCGCCCAGCCUGCAGCCACUGGAGCUUUUCUAUGAGGCCUGCAUGUCCCUCAGCAUCACCAACAAUGGCCACUCUGUCCAGGUGGACUUCAAUGACAGUGAUGACAGAACCGUGGUGACCGGGGGACCCUUGGAAGGGCCCUAUCGUCUCAAGCAGCUCCACUUCCACUGGGGCAAGAAGCAUGAUGUGGGCUCAGAGCACACGGUGGACGGCAAGUCCUUCCCCAGCGAGCUACAUCUGGUCCACUGGAAUGCCAAGAAGUACAGCACUUUUGGAGAGGCGGCUGCAGCCCCUGAUGGCCUGGCUGUGGUCGGUGUCUUCCUGGAGACAGGAGAUGAGCACCCCAGCAUGAACCGCCUGACAGAUGCACUCUACAUGGUUCGGUUUAAGGAUACCAAGGCCCAGUUCAACUAUUUCAACCCCAAGUGCCUCCUGCCCACCAGCCGGCACUACUGGACCUAUCCCGGCUCCCUGACCACACCCCCGCUCAGCGAGAGUGUUACUUGGAUUGUGCUCCGGGAGCCCAUCAGAAUCUCUGAGAGGCAGAUGGAGAAAUUUCGGAGCUUGCUUUUCACCUCCGAGGACGAUGACAGGAUCCACAUGGUAAACAACUUCCGGCCACCACAGCCGCUGAAGGGCCGAGUGGUCAGAGCAUCCUUCCAGGCCUGAGCUUCCCACCUGCCCAGCCAGCCACUGGGGCACCAUCUUCCCAAGGGCUUCCAUGUCAGCGGACACCGAACCAUCUGAGGCUCGCUCCCUGAGGGUGCUGUGGGCCCUCCUUCAGCUGGCUUGCUCCUUAGCCACAUCAGAGGGUUCUUGAUGGGACUCUGGAGUUGGAGGUACCCUUCUGCUUCCCUGGGGAGCUGGAAGAACAGGAACUGAGCAGAGUCCAAGCCUGGGCUGCCUCUGUUCCCCAAGACCCAAAGGAGGCCCCUAGGAAUGUCCUCUUGUCUUUCCUGCUGGCUGUGUCAGCAGCCCAAACUGGAGCUCACACUGUGAUGGCCAAGACACAGCUCCCUGGGGUAGGCAGCUGUCUCUACCAUAAAGACUCAAGCAAUAACUAGAGGUGGGCAGAGCUGCCCACUCUGCAUUACCUCUUUUGCAGGCCUCUGCCAUACAUGCACCUCACUGCCAGGCCAUUAAAAUAGCACCCAGAUGCUGGAGGUGAUGUGGCCUCCUCCAGCCACAUGCUGCCACGGGCAGGCCCUGGCUAUAGCUUAUACACUGUCUCCCUUUGUUCCUCCUACCCAGCCACCAAAGCCACCUA